UCCCUGCAUUGCUGCUCCCAGAUCGUGCCAGAUCUGUGAUCCACUCCAGGUUUUGCCCUGCCCUUGAAAAUCCGGAGGGGACAAAUGCACAAACUGAAAGUAUAAAGAGCCUAGCAACAACCAGCGAGAUGCACAGUUUAUCUGGCGUGGAUGAAUGUGUUCACUUCCAAGGAAUCCUGGGCUCCAGAACCUGCCUCGCUGUUGAUGGGAGAUCAGAAAUCCACUUUGACCUCAAGCUUGGAUCUCUGUCCUUGAUGGUACCCAACUGAAAAGAGAUCCCCAGCUGGAUCACUUCCUCGUGUGGAACAUGCCGAGUAACCCUGAACCAUCAAUGCUUGCUCUUCGUGCCUGAAUGUUAAGGAAUGAACGCAAUCAGGAAGAAGAGGUUUUGGGCAUCCUGUUUCUGCGUGAUGACCUUUUGUUUCCUUCUCGUCACUCUGCAGGUGGUUGUGGAACUUGGAAAGUCUGAAAGGAUGGAAUCAAAAAGCUUGGUUUCACAAAAGAGUGCGUUCAAUAAGGAAGAACACCAGAAAGAUGCAAUAUUGUCAGUAAAGAAACCAGAAUUUCCCAGCACCUUGAAGACAAUCAUGAACAAAGAUAGCCACCCUGUCUUGGUUUGGUGGUCUCCACUGACAGGAGAAACCGGACGGCUUGGUCAGUGCGGUCAAGAUGCCUGCUUCUUUACUAUCAACAGGACCUAUCAGUACAAUCCUAUGACAAAAGCAUUUCUCUUCUAUGGCACAGACUUCAGUAUUGAUGCCUUACCUCUUCCCCGUAAAGACCACCAUGACUGGGCCCUUUUCCACGAGGAGUCACCAAAAAAUAACUAUAAACUCUUCCAGAGGCCAACUAUCACUUUGUUCAACUACACGGCGACGUUCAGCCGCCACUCACAUUUACCCCUCACAACCCAGUACCUUGAAAGCAUCGAAGCCUUAAAGUCACUGAGGUAUAUGACCUCUUUGCAAGAGAAGAACAGUUUGAGGAAGAGACUUGCCCCCCUCGUCUACGUGCAGUCUGACUGUGAUCCCCCUUCUGACAGGGAUACCUAUGUAAAGGAGCUAAUGACCCACAUUGAGGUGGACUCUUACGGAGCCUGUUUGCAUAACAGAGAUCUCCCGGAGCAUCUGAAAAACCCAGCAUUUAUGGACAGUGAUAAUUUCUACAAGAUACUUGCUCAGUAUAAAUUUGUCCUGGCUUUCGAGAACGCCGUUUGUGAAGAUUAUAUCACUGAAAAGCUUUGGAGACCGCUGAAGCUGGGAGUGGUCCCCGUUUAUUACGGCUCUCCCAGCAUCACGGACUGGCUUCCCAGCAAUAAAAGUGCUAUCCUGAUAGCAGGAUUUUCACACCCCAAGGAGCUGGCAUCAUACAUCAAGGCUUUGGAUUCAGACGACAAGGAGUACGAGGCCUACCUCGAGUGGAAAUUAAAAGGCCACAUCUCCAAUGAACGAUUGCUCACUGCUAUGAGAGAACGCACUUGGGGAGUGCAGGAUAUCAUGAAGGACAAUUACAUCGAUGCUUUUGAGUGCAUGGUGUGUACUGAAGUGUGGGAAAACAUCAGGCGAGAAGCAAAGGGAAUGUUACCAAGAAGGUGGAAUGCAGAAGCCAGUCACUUGAGCUGCCCCCGACCUGGAGGGUUUGAUUUUUCAUCUUCGCAUAGUCACAGAACGGCCCUACAAGACUUGUGGAUACCAAGUUUUGAGCAAUCCAAGAGAGAAGCGAAGGCCCUGAGGCAGCUGGUCGAAAGGAACCGAAAUUUCACAGCCCAGGAAUUUUGGACUCUGGUGUUCAGGGUUACUUGAAGGCCCUUUGACUUCAGCUAGGGAAGGGGAAAACAAACUGCAAAAAGAGCUUGUAGGGUAAGCCGUGGUCUAUAGGUGGUCUUAAUGUGGUUUUAGCAACAGAAUGUACUAGAGGAAAACGUGGUAUUCAGUGAAUACUAAUCCAAAAAUCCGAAUGACCCAAUUGAGUCACUGUCGGAUGCGUUUUUUUAUACUAAUACUUAGUAUAAAUUAUGAGCCUAUUUAACCCUGGAGCACAAAUGCCUUGAUUAAGUGAAGUCUACAUUUUGUCUGUGUGAUCGCUUCUGUCUUGGGGUUUUGCCAGGGAAUGUUCUUCCCUUCUAAGUUACUCCCAAGUUACUCCCUUCGAAGUUACUCCCAAUAUAAAGACAUCUGCCCACAUGGUUCAGCCAGAUGGUGUGUUUAUGAACCAUCCAAGUUCUGGACUACCCAUAUGAACAAGCAGCACAAAUAUGCUGAAAACCAAACUGCAGUGAGCAGGAGUCUGGCCCGGUCUGGCAAAGGGCUGCUUCAACCCCUUUGGGAAAGAUAUAUGGUGUGGGGAAAAUGCAUCCUCUGAGGCAUUUGAUGUGAUCAGCAUUCAAGGGCUGAUUAACAGGAUUUAACUGCUGGUCACAUCUGCGUAAAGUAGAACCACAGUUUGGAUGUGGUUCCUUUCCAUACCAUAAGAACAUAAGAACUAGCCUGCUGGAUCAGACCAGAGUCCAUCUAGUCCAGCAUUCUGCUACUCGCAGUGACCCACCAGGUGCCUUUGGGAGCUCACAG